GUGAAUGGAUCGCGCUUCUUUGAAGUGCUCCGCUUCUGGUCGUUGACUGUGGUACUUUACACUUUUGUGCCUUAGUUCUGCAUUCAUAUUUAUUCCCAAAUAGAUGCUUCUAAGGUUUUAGGUCUUAGCUCACGCAUUCAUUAUUUAUCCACUCACACUCAAGAUACAAGUAUAAUGCAUUUGGAUCCAAUUGCAUUGUGAACUGGAGCUCACAUAUCCAUAUGGAAGUGGGUGGUCUUCUGACAAGCAAACCGUAUAUGUGUCUAUACGACUCAUUCUCCUAUAUUCAUUGCUGGAGAGCUGAGUUAUAUAAUCCCUCAUAUUAUUGUAACUCCACGGCAUUGAUUGGCUUGUUUUGGUGAUAAUAUAGUUGCUGGAAAUUAGAAAUUCACUGUCUCAGUGGAUCAUGUAGGAAUGUACAAACUUGAUUCGCAUUCGCAAGACAAUUCCUAUACUUUUGGAGACUAUGAUUUACCUCGCAAUCGACAACAAAGGUAUAAUUGUAUUCAUCCUUUAACUUCUCGUAAGCCUCGAAAACGACAUCAUUAUAUUCGUUCCACUCCCCCAGUAUUAUCCACUAUUUAAUGUUUUUGUAGUUUUCCCCUACUAUCAUUAUUUUCCCUCUUAAACCUUACUUAUUGAUUAUAUACAUCUCACUGUGAUGAUGUAAAGUGUCGCAACUUAAUUUUAGUUCUUUUAUGCUGUGUUUCACAUUGUAUUACUUCUGUCGGCACUGAGGAAAGUAACUUCAAUCGUUUAGGAUAUCAGUAUUCACUCAGCCAGGAAGUUAUAGAUGAUGUACCAAUCAUAGUGCCAUAUCUCUUAUCAACACAGUAAGUGGGAACUAACAAGACUACAAACUAAGCGUGAAAGAUACGAUCCAAAUGAAAUCAAAGCAUGGGAAGUACAAUGUGACACCCUAGUCUCUUUAAUGAACAUUAACAGUUGUCCGCUGUUUGUGUCAGACUAGGUGUUUAGCUAGUUAAAUCAUAAAUACACAUUGGUACCACUUCCACUCGUUUUGUUGCACUGUCCUUAAAUUUAGUAAUGUGUGGCAGUACACGUCAUCGCAUGAGAACAAUCAUGAUCCAGAAAUGUGCUCCGGAAAUUGAAACAGUUUUUUGUUAAACGUUUCUGACACUUAGUGGUUGUGAUAUCUGCCUAUAGUUGAGUUCUGUAGACAUUUAAGUUAAUAACUUCGUCAAUAUAUAUUCAUUUGCCUUUCCAUAGCUUCUGAUUGGUUCAUAAACAAGCUAGCACUGCUGAAUAAUAUGGCCUCUAGAUAAGUAUAUAUAAAAUGCCGCACCCACAUAAAACGACAUAGAUUCAUAGCUUUAUCAAUGUUUAAUUAAAACCCUACACCUAACGUCAAUAUUAUUAACUCUGUGAUUCCAUCAUACUUCAUGAAUAGUCCGAAUAUCCUUACAAUCGACCAAUUUCAAUGCACAAAUAUAUCCUUGCUCAAAACCUAUGUUCAUCGGUAGUGGAACAACAAAUACCAGGUUUAAGACUGUAUAUUAUCAUUCUAACAAACAAAAAAGUCUGCCUCAAAUUUGGCUCUAGUUGGCUAAAGCUAAACAAACGUCAUCUUGAGCUGUUACUUCACUUUUUAGUUUGAGAUGUGAGCUUUUCCCCAAAGUGUCCAUCGUUUUGUAAUUUGAUUUUUUACCGAAUUCAUAAAUCACUUCAUUUGAUAAUGUCUGUUCCCACUAUGAUUUGUCAUUUAUCUGCCAUACUAACAUGGUUUUGUAGGCUGAAUUGUAGUAUCCAAUCAAAUCAAAUUUAUUCUGCUCUUAUGGUUAUUCUCAAUGGAUUCAGCAGGCCUGUAAACCAACUACCUCGUAUUUCUCUGAGAACUAAUGUCCUAAAUACGCGUGCUCACUUAUUUGAAGUAUUCUUUCGACGAGUUGCACUUGGUUACAUUCGUGUGUUUCCUUUGACUGCUCGUCGCAUCAUCGAAUUCGGGUUUCUGGUACAGGCUGUUUUCGUACUAGUUGUAUUCAUACAUCUUCACGUAACAUUUGUAAAAUCUCCAGUAACGUGCUUGGAUCAUUUGCGUAGUGAAUUUGAAAGCAUAAAGUCUGGUUCAGGUGUAUCUUUUACCUCCAUAACUAUGGAUGCCAAUUAUUUGUCAAAAGGUAAUGGAUCAGAUUCUUUUUUACGACGUUCAUGGCCUAACUAUGGUGUUUUACGUAUCGAAGUCAUCCGUUCUCCUGAUCCGUUCUAUUCUCUCGAAGACUCAUAUGCGAAAGAGUUUUACGGUACUGAAACUCAUUAUCGUUUUGAAGCCAAAAAUGAAAAGACACCACAGGUUAACGAGUUGGAUAAACAUAUUGCCUAUAUUCCCAAAAAUUCAAAGUAUUCACUAGCUUAUUUUGCCGAGAAUAUCAUCCCCGAACAUCAGGACUUCUGGAAUUCACUUUUAUCUUUGCCAUUCAUUGCAUAUGGGUCGAUCAAAGAAAAUUUCAACCACUUUUUAAAUUACUUAUACGCUAGUAAUCGAGAGCGAACAUUCUCUUUUAAAGAGAAUGAGGAAAAUAUGUCUCCAUAUAACGCAAUUAUAACCACCAGGAAUAAACUCAGUCAGUUGUUGCCUGAAGUGAACCGGUUAUUAUUCGACUUCUUUGCUGGUAUCGUUGAUUUUAUUUACGACAUUCCUAUUCGUAUAUAUGCCUCGUCAGGUCCUGCACUAAACACAAAUGAGAGCUACAUAAUUGAAUACGCCUUGGAGUAUGGCUUUCUUCGUCUCUCACCGCGGGCCCGAAAUCGGCUUAACGUAACUGUAAAAUUAAUUGUUCUUGACCCAGAAACAAACCCUUGCUUCGGCAGUAAACUCAGUCGUUUCCUCAUGGAAGAGUUUCUCGGUUAUGAAGACCUUUUGAUUGGUAGUGUGAAGUACUUAUCAGCUAGCGAAGGAUUGAAAGGUUAUGUGGUAAACGUAAUGAGCGGACAACAUUAUAAGCUCGUUAUUUCGCAGAUGUCCAGGUCGUCCUACUUUGCUGCUGCUCUGAUCAUGUUACUAUUUACAUUUUGUAUAUCCGUUCUGUUAAGAUAUUCAAGUCAACAGCUUGUGGUUGUAAUAGCUGAUAUUCUCCAAAUGUUUGAAACGAAUACCUCGUUUGGGAUUCCUGUUGCCCCAUUUAUGACAGUGAUUCUUGCUCUUGUUGCCAUGGAAACUAUCAUGUCUGAAUUUUUUGGAGAUUCAAUCACUGCGUUUUAUGUUAUUCUCAUUAUAAGCGUUUGUGAUCACUAUGAAGCUGUAUUUUGUCGUACUGAAUUAAGCAAAAGAUAUUGGCCAAGGUACUUCUACUUGUAUCAUUUUGGAUUUUAUGCCUACCAUUAUCGUUUCAAUGGGCAAUUCAGCGGUGUUGCUCUUUGGGUUUCCUGGCUGUUUAUUUUGCAUUCAAUGAUUUAUUUCUUCCAUCAUUACGAAUUACCUAACCUGCUUAGUGAUUGGGAAUUCCGUGAAUUCGUUUCUAAUAAUCAACUUGUAGGUCAAAUUCAGCUACAAGUUUCCACACCAUCAUUAUCUGUCCGGAAUAGUCAGGAUGCUUCCAGCUUAAACCAUUCUAUCAACUCUCAUGAACGAACAGAGUCGUUAGGUGACUUAAGAACUACUGUUGGGGAUUCAGACAAUCUCGAGUCAAAUGAAUUGUCUAACAAUAUUUUCACUGUUACAAGUUCAGUACCUACUUUUAGUGGGAUUUCCGGUGAAAUCGAAGCUAAUCGAAGUGAUUUACUUUCUAAUAAUACUGCAUUAGCUGAUUCUCCCACAACUUCUGCUAAUUUAAAUCACCUAGAAUAAUAAUUUAUGAUCUAUUGACAUUUGUACUUUUGUUAUUUUAUGUUUAUUUAAUGUAAUAUCCCAUCUCUAUGAUUUUUCACAUUUACGCUAGAAAAUUGAGGUUUCUCACUACUUGGAAUUUCAAACGGGUUGAGAAAUAAAGUCAUCUAUUCUGG